GUCGCGUUUCUGCCAAGAGCGGAGCGCGCCGCGUCAGCCCAGCCACAGAAGGAAGGCGGCGCGAGCAACUUGCUGCCGCCGCCGCCGCCUCGCUCGAGAAGAGAGAGAGAGAGAGAGAAAGAAAGAAAGCCAGGAAACAGACGCGAAGUACUUGUUCGCCCACUGGAGGGGAGCCGGUGACCUUGCGCAGCGGAGGAAAGCGACAGUACUGCGAGCGCGGAAGGGAGGCGGAAAAGAAACCCGCGGAGGAGCUACAGGAGGGGGCUGGGCUGGACGCGCUCCGCAAAGAGGAUUUGUUUUGCUGUUUCUGUCCCGGCUUAGGAGAGCGGAGACUCGGCCAGGGAAGACUCACGGCAAUGAUCCAGAAAGUCUAAUCCUCUGCCUUUUUGGUGAUGGAGCUGAAGGUCUGGGUGGAUGGUGUCCAGCGGGUUGUUUGUGGCGUCUCGGAUCAGACCACCUGCCAGGAGGUUGUCAUCGCACUGGCACGUGCCAUUGGUCAAACAGGUCGGUAUGUUCUAAUCCAGAGACUCCGUGAGAAAGAGAGGCAGCUUCUACCACAUGAAUGUCCUGUGGAGUCUCUUGCCAAGUGCGGACAGUAUGCCAACGAUGUGCAGUUUAUCCUGCAGCGCACAGGCCCCAGCCUCACAGAAAGGCCUUCUUCGGAUAGUGCCCCUCAGGUACCGGAGAGGACGUUUGUCAGGGCUAGCCUGCCCAUCAAACCCCGGCCAGUCAGCACGGAAGUACCUAGGCCCAGGCAGCCCAAAAAAUCCUUAACCUUCAGUUUGGGUCCUACGGGCUCCAGGGAUUUGCUUGCAAAGGACAAGCUGCGGCCACACAAGCUGAGGGAUGGUGCUAGUGGGGGUCAGCUUUCCAAAGAGGAGCUGUUUAAGACUGUCCUGCACCAACAGGAGCAUCUCCACUCCCUGGAGAUGCAGGGGGACGCCUUGGAAAUGGACAUCAGGCACUGGGAAUACAGCAAAAGCAUCUCCCGAGAGGAUGAGAUCCCGCAUCUCGAGCAGGUGAUCCGGCAAAAUGAGAGCGAGUUGAGCGAGGAGGAAUUUUGGCAGAAUGAACUGCGCUCGGAGAAGGAAUAUGAAAGGGAGCGGCAGGAGAAAGUGUGCAGCCUGCGGGCCACCAUGGAGGAGUACACGCAAAAAAUCCAAGAACUUACAGCAAAAACGGAGACUUUGGAGAGAGAAAUCCAGUGGGAAAUUGCUGAGAGGGCCAAGAGGGCAAAGAUAGCCCCUACCCAGAACCCUUCUGAAUUAGAGGAGAUGGCAGCUAAAAUGAGGAGGGAUCUAGAAGUCAAGGCCAAGCAGACUGCCCAGCUGGAGAGCAGCCUGGAUACUGUGGGGAAGGCCUUGGAGGAAGCAGAGCAAAGCAUUCAGGCCCAGAACCAAGAACUGGAGGAGCUAAAUAAGGAGCUGAGGCAGUGUAACUUGCAGCAGUUCAUCCAGCAGACGGGAGCCAUAGUGACUGCUUCGCAGCCCAGAUCAGAGGAGGAACCCCAGCUGGAUCAAACUAGUCAGGAGCUGCCAGCUCACCAGAGAAACGGAGACCUAUCCAUUGCCAGCACAGAUUCACCUCCCAGACCCACGGCCAGGCAGUUCCUCGGCAAUCCACGGAACCUUCAGAACCCCCUGGUGUCCAGCUUGAACCCUGAGGUCAUAUCAACAAAGCAGAGCAUCUGGAGGUAAAAAGGCCAGCCAAGGAGGACUGAUUGCCUUGCGAGUAUAACUGUAUAGAAAUAAAACUCUAUUUCAUGUAUGUAUUUGACUUUUUAUCUCAGAUGGAUGGAUGGAUGUAGAUGGUUGUGCAAAAUAUUUUUACAGACUUCUUUUUUUUAAAAAAAGGAAAAAACCAUUUGGAGGAAACAGACUGGCUGUAUUUUUUUAAAUCUCUUUUGUUGUAAUUUAAAAUGAAGAUGCUGUUUGUGGCUUCUCUGAAAAUUUAUAUAGCCUUUCUAUUUUAAGACUUCAUCACCUAACAAUGCUUCGGACUAAAUAAUAACUGCCCUGGAGGGUUGUGAAACUGCUGGGGAUGAAGUGUUCAAAGCGUAUAGCAGCAAGUCCUCUGUGUCCAUUCUGAAGGUUAUACUGCAAGCUACUGCCGUACAAUGAAGGGGUAAAUGAUCAGCCAGACCUUUUUACUGGACUGUAUCAAUGCACUGUAGCUCUCACGCACGUGUGUGUGUGUGUGUGUGUGUGUGUGUGUAACUUGUUGAAUUGCAAUUCUUUUAUAUGUUUGGUAUUUCGUGGAAAUACACAGCUUUUUUGUUGUUGUUGGAAUGGGAGAAACAAAUUCUAUUCCAUUCCUGGUGAGCAAUAUAAACACAAAGAAAUGUCACUUUGGGACAGAAAGUGCUCAUGGCCAUCAACGCAUCCCAUUUAUGUUGCAGCUCCUGAAUGCAUUUUCAGGAAGGACCUUUCAGAUCUGGUAAAAUAGGAUUUAGGUGCUAGCACUGUCUUGCCAUUUGUGUGUCUCAUGCCAAAUAUUGCAUCAUCUGGUUUCAUAUAAAGAGAAGUAUGUUGCUUCAGCCUAUAGAUAUAUUUAUUCUCUGUAUAGUUUUAUGUGGAGUAUAUAAUAGUUUUGAAUUCCAGACUGUUCCAAACCCCAGACUGUAAAAGUAAACAUUUCCAGAACAGAUAUAAGACUGAUAACUGCAUGGCAGCAUUGAACGUGGGCUAGUUCUUCUGUUCUAAAGUGACUCCUGGGUUUGUAUAUCAUGAUAUUUCUCCUUGGCAGAGUAACUUCUACUGGGCUGCCUGUUCUGUGUUGAAAAAAAGAUCAGCCCGAUGAAGUAACAGUGCAACAGGGCACUACAAGCGUGCUCUCUGUAAUGGUCUAUUCUUUGGCAAAAGCCAAAAUGCCAUUUGGAGGGAACAAAGUCUGCAGAGCUAAGUUUUGGUAAAUGGUGUGGCUUAAGAUGUUAAGAUACCUGCUAUAAAUGAAUGAUGGGAAUCCUAGGCCUCCAGCCCUUUCCACCUGGCUCCUUCCUGUGCCCCACACCACUUGUUUAUUUGGCCUCAACUUGCAGUAGGCGUGAUGAGUUGGAUGUGGGGAAUCAGUUCAAGAGGAAGUAAAGUAGAAACAAACAGUAUUUCUUUCCUCAUUCAGGACAGGGGUUUCACUUUAGAGUUGCAUUACGUGGGCCCAUUCAUGCUGUUGCUGUACAUGGUGUGGGGAAAGUGUGUGUGUGUGUGCAUGCGUGCGUGUGCAUGUGCACGCACACACACACACACACACGCUUGAGGAUGGCAGCAUGGCAAUUUAAAAACUGGUAAUGUGGCUCCUGAAAGGGGAAGCAUUCUCCCCACUCUUACCUUCAGUGCUUUUAGCUUCUUAGCAUUAUUAGUUACGAUGUGUUGGCUUUGUAACCAAACCUCAGAGUACACUGUGAAGCUAAAUGUGCCAUUCCCAUUUUAAUAUGAAUAUCAAUAUAGGCAUAUACUAUGUUGCUUCAAUUUAACUUAUUUUGGACAAAGUUAUCUUAUUCCAACUAAGCUGUUCUUGAAUGGAAGAUUUCAAAUAAGCCAGAUUUCUUUCAAGGUCAUGUCACUCAGUGUGGCAUAAUGGGUACCAGCCUUUGGGAAGCUUCACUCACAAAGUGGUGUGUUCUGACCUUAGCACUUCCAUAUCAGCAAGGAGGGUAAAGGUGCCUGGAAGGAAACCACAUGGUUAAAUACUCAAGUGUACUAGCAGGACCACUUAUUAAGCUAGGACGUAUGGAACGUUCAAGAACAUAAUCUGUCCCUCUCUUCAGACAAGCUGACCUUCUAUCUCAGGCAUGGAUGGAGUGCAAUCUUUCUUCUCUUUUUUAACAUAUGCUGAACUCAUAAACCUUCUGUUAUGCAUAAAUUCAAAAUUAAGAACAAAACCCAGUAAAACUUUCCCUAGGUGAAAUGGCUGUACCUUUCACCAUACGGCUUUACCUUAUUACAAACGAGAUUUUUUUCCAGUGUAUUUCCCCCUUUUAAAAAAAUCUUUGGCUACUGUUGUGUUUUUGGUGCUUACGUUUUAAAAAGACAGGUCUUGUUCAUUUUACCAGGUCUGAAUAGAACCCCAUAUGUGAUCCAUUGCAGAGAGAGGAAUUUUCAGCCAGAAAAUGACUCUGAUGCACUUAACUCAGUAAUUAAUUUUUACUGUCACCAUAACUUGCAAACCCAACUUGCUUCCAGAUAUUAAGCAGCAUGUCCCACAUUUCUUAUGACAGCGUCUUAGAUUCUAAUGCCAGGGGGUGGGGGUUGCAUUGAUGAAUGGGAACAAAUAGAAUCCCUGUCAAUUUUGCAAAUGUGAUUCUAUUUAACCCACACUUAAUUAUAACUCCACUACUGUGGUGGAAUCUGCUACCUUUUAACAGUUGCAUGUGGUUGGGUUAUGAUAGGGGGAAUGAAAUAAUUAUUACUGGUAGUAUUUCUUGCUGAACUCUGGCCAGUAAAGUUGCAUUUUUUGUGUAUUUAUGUUGUCCAGAGCUGAUGUAUGUUUUCAUUGUGAAACCAAAAGAAGCAAAUCUAGACAUGGGAGGGUUGAAUGGAUGUUUGGGAGACGAUGAAUAGCUCUGGAAAGCCCUGCUCUUGUUUUUAAACGUCCUUUUGUGUAUCAUGUAUAUGAAAUGUGACUCCUGUAUGUUCUCUAAGAAAAAAAUGAUAUUCCAUGUACGAAUGUAUGUAUCCCAUGCACUAAUGGCAUUUUCUGGUUUCAAAUUGUAAUAAAAUUCCUGAAAAUA